AUGGCAGAGAAUUCGUUUAACGGUAAGGUAGAUGAAGCAAGAGAUGAUAGCCAGAAUUUGAGCGAGGAGCCCACGAGUGAUAACACUGAACGUCAAAGCUGGGGGAAAGCCAUUGAUUUUGUCAUAACUGUUCUUGGAUUAGUAGUUGGUUUUGGUAAUCUUUGGAGAUUUCCUUAUCUUUGCUACCAACAUGGUGGAGGUGCUUUUCUUGUUCCUUACUUCCUUGCGCUACUCUUCAUUGGCCUUCCUAUUAUGGGCUUGGAAUUUUGCAUUGGGCAAUACUUCCAGCGCGGUGCAUCUAUUAGCUUCUACAACAUUUGCCCCCUAUUGUCAGGUGUUGGUUAUUCCAUGUUGACACUUUGCUUCCUGGCAUCAAUCUAUUACAUCAUUAUUUUGGUAUGGGCUCUAUUUUAUUUCUUUGCCAGUUUUGCCUCACCAUUACCUUGGACAACCUGCAAUAACGACUGGAACACAGUCAACUGUUUCAUUCGAAAUAUCUCAUCGGAUGCCAACGAUACUGGAGUUUCGCCUAGCGAGGAAUUUUAUAAUCGUCGUGUAUUAGAUAUGAGCGGUGACCCAAACAUUGCUGGUCCAGUUAAAUGGGAACUUGCCCUACUGCUGUUAUUUGCCUGGUUGCUGGUUUAUUUCUGCAUCUUUAAAGGAAUCCGAUGGACAGGGAAGGUUGUAUAUUUUACUGCUACUUUCCCAUAUCUAGUCUUAUUUAUACUUCUUAUUCGUGGAUUGACUCUACCUGGUGCAUUACAAGGAGUUUUAUACUAUGUCAAUGUUGAUGGAUCUAAAUUGCGCGAUUUAAAUGCUUGGCGAGAUGCUGGGACACAAAUAUUUUAUACCUUAGGUGCUGGGUUUGGCACUACGUUAACGAUGGCUAGCUAUAAUAAACGCGGAAAGAACGUCCUCAAGGACGCUAUUAUUAUAGCUGUAUGCAAUUCUCUUACUAGCUUUUUUUCUGGCUUUGUCAUUUUCUCCAUGUUGGGUUUUAUGGCCUAUCAACAACGCGCUCCCAUUUCUAGCGUAGUAACUCAAGGUCCCGGAUUAAUAUUUAUCGUUUAUCCGGCUGGAUUAGCCACACUACCUGGAGCUAAUUUUUGGGCCCUACUCUUUUUCUUCAUGCUUAUCACUAUUGGCAUCGAUACCGCGUUUGGGAUUGUUGAAGUUAUGGCCACUGGUUUAAUGGAUAUGUGGCCUAAAGUUCUUAGAGAACGUGAAAUGUGGCUAAAAUUAGCCAUUUGCAUGGUUGAAUUAUUGCUCGGAUUGACAUGUAUAACAAGAGGUGGAAUCUAUGUAUUCCAAAUGUUUAAUUUAUAUUCGGCUGGUUCAGCUUUGGUUGUAUCCGUCUUUCUUGAAAUUGUAACUGUUUCCUGGUUCUACGGUGUUGACCGAUUCAGUCGUAAUAUUGGUUACGUUACUGGGAAAAAGGUCUGGAUUGUUUGGCGCAUUUGUUGGUUAUUGAUAUCACCAGGGCUUACACUGGUAAUACUUAUCUUUGGUAUCCUUAAUUAUGCACCAUUAAAAUACGAUGGCAAACCAUAUCCUUGGUGGGGAGAUUUUGUUGGCUGGCUUAUGGUUGCUCUUUCGCUAUUAUGCAUCGUUGUUCGAGCCAUAUAUCUCUUAUUCAUCACGAAAGGCUCCAUUACUGAGCGUUUUACCAAAUUAUUAGUUCCUCCCGAGGACGCAACCGAAUUGCAAAUGAAAAGGGAACUCUACGGUAGUUUAGCUGGCGGUGAAAAGAAAGCCCCGUACCCCAACGGCUACCAAAAGUGGGGCCAACUAUCUGGGCCCGUUUAUGAAUCUGCUAUCUGA